AUGUCGUUCGAUGGUUCUUAUUCCGCAACAUUGAGUCCGUCAGUGUCCGAAAGCUUCGGAUCCCACGUCCUAUCGAAUUCGAUAUCGUCCUUAUCAUCCUCAACAACAUCUCGUCCAUCAUCGAAUAAUAUUUCUAAGACUUACCGACAGGCUUCGCAAUUAUUCUUAACGCGUCGACUUCCCGAAGCUUUAUCAACAGUCUUACCCUUGAUCACCCCAUCCACUGAAAGUUCCAACGUAAAUGGAUCGACUGAGCCGGCACCCGUUGCUCGAGCCUCGAGAUCCACAAGGAUAAAGGUAUGGAGUCUUUAUCUGACGAUUCUCAAUGCGAUAUUGGAACUGGAUGCCGACGAAGGAAAAGAUGCCUUUGGCACUCAGGAAUGGCGUACUAUAUGUAAGAAGGUGCGGGAUAGUGAUGUCUGGGAAGAAGUGGUGCAAUUUGGAUAUCAUGGCGUCGAAGGAGAGGUAGAUUCCGAUGUCGUUAUAAAUCUGGCGACUCUUCUACUUGCACAUGCGAAAUCACAGGCAAUCAACCAAAAGCGGCUAGAGAAUUAUCUAGCCUCGUCAAGUACCCCAAACCUUGAUAUUUCCAAACAGCUCGAGGCUACUAGGUCUCCACGAUUAACAUCGCGAAGUCGAAGGUCACACUCUAAGAGUGGUGCUGACACUCCUCGGGAUCUCAACGCUAGAGUUAAGAUUCUCGAACUGUAUACUCUCCACGUCUUGCUACGUAAUAAUGAAUGGGACUAUGCUAGAGAGUUUAUUAGCUCCAGUGCAGUACUAGACGAAGAGCGGAGGGAUGCUUUUCUACAGGCUCUCCAAAGUUUACAGGAAGAGCAGCAUGAAUCAGAACGAAAAGAACGCGAAGAGAAGCAAAAGCAGGAGGAACAACUGCAAAAGGAUAUCGAAGAGGCUAGGAGAUUGAGAGCAGAGAAUGAAGCAAGAGAACGACGUCGAAUAAACGAAGAAAGGGCCAAACGAGAAGGUACGGAGAUCGACUACGGUAUCGAAGAUACUCCAAGUUCUUCGGGGGUGAGAAAUAAGGCUCGGAGCGGUUCUAAUGGCUCUGCAUUAUCAAGGUCGUCCAAAUCAUCCAAGCCAUCCACCCCCAAGGAGAAAAAGGCUGUAGCGCGCCCAGGUCUUGGUGCUCGAGCUAUAAUGAUUCUAUCGAAUCUUCGUAACAUCAUCGAGCAGAUGAGCGCUACAUUUAGAGCGAACCCGGUAUUGCUUAUGAGGUUGUUAGCCUUUGUCAUUGGUGUAAUUGUUAUGUUUGGUAGGAAAGGUGUUCGCGAGCGGGUUCGGCAGAUUCUUGGUACGGGCUGGAAUAAGGUGAGAUCAACCGCUGGUAUGGGUGUUAAGGUGAGCUACAUUUAG